AGAUUGAGGAUUGAUGACAGGCAAUAGCCAUUGCGCCUAGUUCGGACCCUAACGGAACAUAACAUCUGUCUUUGAUUUACUUCUGAACCAUGUCUUUGAAGCAGGCUGUUGCCAAAAAGCUGAUGGAUGAGAUAAUUAUUCCUCUAAGAAAGCCUAAAGAUUGGAAGGUUCUGGUUCUGGACCGACUAGCUACUAGAAUCGUAUCUUCUUGUUGCAAAAUGCAUGAGAUAAUGAAUAACGGCAUAACAUUGGUUGAAGACAUAUCCAAAAAGAGAGAAGUUUUACCGAUUGAGGCAAUAUAUUUGAUCACUCCUACAGAAGAAUCCUUGAAACUACUAAUGGAAGAUUUUCAAGGGUCCCAAAGUCAAUAUCGAUUCGCUCAUGUCUUCUUCACAGAAGCUUGCCCGGAUGAACUAUUCAAUCGUCUUUGCCAGUCGAAUUCCGCCAUAUUUUUAAAAACUCUAAAGGAAAUCAACAUAGCUUUUCUGCCAGUUGAAUCUCGAGUUUUUUCAUUGGAUUCACCUAUGAGCUUUCAAUAUUAUUUCAACCCAGUAGCCAGACAACAGGGUUCAGGACAACAACUUGAGCGAAUCGCGGAGCAGAUCGCAACAUUGUGUGCCACACUAGGUGAAUAUCCCGUUAUUCGGUACCGCACUCAGUUUGAAAAAAAUGCCGAGUUCGCACAGUUAGUUCAACAAAAAUUAGAUGCAUACAAAGCCGAUGAUCCCCAAAUGGGCGAGGGCCCACAAAAAGAAAGAAGCCAAUUGGUUUUGCUUGAUCGAGGAUUUGAUCCCAUUUCUCCUAUUUUACAUGAACUUACUUUCCAAGCCAUGGCUUACGACUUACUGGCGAUCGAGAAUGAUGUUUACCGCUACAUCAACACAUCAGGUCCUGAGGAACGUGUCAAAGAAAUAAUCUUGGAUGAAACUGAUGAGCUUUGGUGUGAACUUCGUCAUCAACAUAUUGCAGUCGUUUCACAACAGGUUACUAGCAAACUGAAAAAGUUUGCUGAAGAUAAACGUAUGGUUAAUGCAGGAGAUAAGACUACAAUGCGUGAUGUGAGUCAAAUGUUGAAAAAAAUGCCUCAAUACCAAAAAGAAUUGUCAAUGUAUUCAACACAUUUUCAUUUAGCUGAGGACUGUAUGCAAACUUAUCAAAAUCAUGCCAAUAAAUUAUGUAAAGUUGAACAGGAUUUAGCCAUGGGUACUGAUGCAGAAGGUGAACGAGUCAAAGAUCAUAUGCGUACAAUGGUUCCUAUUUUAAUUGAUCAGUCAGUCUCAGCUUAUGAUAAACUUCGUGUGAUUAUUUUGUAUGUUAUACAACGUGGCGGUAUAAAUGAGGAGAAUCUAGCUAAAUUGGUUCAACAUGCUCAAAUUCCGUCAUCACAAGCGUGUAUCUUACGUAAUUUGAUGCAUUUGGGAGUUCCAGCUAUCCAGGAUGCUUCAGGGGCUGGUAUAGGUAGGCGAAAACUUCCCCAGCCUUAUUUGCCCGCUAAUCGACGUCAACGGGAGGAUGGUCCACGAUAUCAAAUGUCUCGAUGGACACCUUAUAUCAAAGAUCUUAUGGAGGAUGCUGCUGAAGAUAAAUUGGAUCCAAAAUUAUUUCAGUACUUUGGCGGUGGUCCUGUUCGUGGCCCUGGAACACGUACAGGAAAUGCACCAAUGUCUGCAAGAUAUGGAAUGUGGCAUCGUGAUAAAAGUCAACAACCACGUUCUGGGCCUAGACUAAUAUUUUUUGUAAUCGGUGGAAUAUCCUAUUCAGAAAUUCGUUGUGCAUAUGAAGUGAUGAAUACAGCACUUGGUAAACAAUGGGAUAUUAUUGUUGGCGGUACUCAUAUCCUUGUACCGGAAGCAUUUUUAAAAGAUUUAGAGAAAUUAUCUUAUCCACCGGGGACAGUUCUUCCAUCGGCUAGUAGUAGUGGCACAUCAGUUAUUGUAGGCGCCGGUGGUGAACCAGUGUGAAAUCGUUAUGCCAAUGUGUAAUUCACGAGAGAUUUCUUUAUAUUGCCACAUUACAUAACAACCUUUAUUUACUCAUAUUGAUUUAUCUUCUCAAUGCGCACAUUUUCUCCAGUCAAUACCAUUUUAUUGAUGGUAACUAUUAUUAUUAUCAUUAUCUUUAAUAUUACUAUUAUUGUCAAAAAGAUGAGAUCAUAUGUGUUUUAGCAUUUCACAUCAGUUCACUUGCAACAUUCCUCAUAAAUGAAGUACCAUGUCAUAGCUAGUAGCAUUCGUGCUCAUUUUGUGCAUAUCUGAAAUGAAAUUAUCUGUUUAUUUUCAAUUUUCAAUCAUGCCAUUAUUAUUACACUUCAUGAUAUUAUUACUGAUAAGUCUUUUUAUUGUUUAUUGUUGUUGUAUUUUGUGCAUUUUGUUUAUUGGUGGUGUUGAAUUCACCAAUAAUCCUACAAUUUCAUGCUUUCAUUAUUAAUAUUUACUAUUUUGUGUGUUGUGGAAUCAAUAAUUUAAUAUCAUAGAGUUAUUCACGGAAUUCUUUAAUAUCUUUUGUGCUGUUAUUCUAUCUAUCCUUCUUUCUUUUUUUUUCCGGUAUUCUAUAAAACACACCAUUCAAAUAAUAUUUGUCUUGUUUUCCUUAUCAGGGAAUUACUUAUCUUAUUUCAUUUUAUUUCAUCAUAAAGUUGCAUUGUUCUUUGUUCAGUGUUCAUUUAUCUGUGUAAUUUGACAAAUUUUCAAAAAAAUACCACACUAAACUUUUCUUCUUUACGAUUACCAUUACAUUUAAUUAAGUUGAUGAGGAGAAAUUAGUAGAUAUAUUCUAAUUUGGAUUUUUUAUAAAAAAAAAAGUGUACUUUGUAUAUGAUAUUUGCCUAUAAUCAGUUCAUAUUCAAUUAUCUAGUCGUUGUUGUGUUUCAUUCCUUUUGAUUUGAUCUCUUAUUUGUGGUUUUUUUUGGUAAUGAGUUUUUUUCUUCACUAGCCAUCGUCACAGUCAUCAUUGAUAAUUGUCUGAAUUUAGCCUGUUGUGUUGUUGAACGUAUUAACUUCUUCUUCUAGCUACAACAUUCCUUAGCAUUAUUACUAAAUAAUCAUUAUCUUUAUGACUUUUAUUAUUUUGACCCGAUUAUUCAUUCAUUCUGUUGAUACUAGACAUUUUAAAAAAAAUCUUAUUCGGAAUCUCUUCCAUUUUAUUUAUUUAUCGCAAUUUGUCAAAUCUUGUUACACCUUAUCCGUUGUUAGCUUACCUUUAUAACACUAGUUAUCUAUGCGAUUCAUGGUUGUUAUAUGUGCUUGUUUGUAAGUGUUGAGUAUUCUAUUCUAUCUUCUAAUCAAUUUGUUUACUCAUUUUUCCUUGUCUAAACACAAUCCUUCCUUUAUAGAAAUCAUUUAUUUAUUGUUAUAAGGAAAGUAUGAUCAGUUUUCUUUACUCAAGUUUAUUUAGUUUAUUUAUCAGUUGGUUCAUGCUCUUUUUGAUAUAUGUUUAUUAUCUAUUACUUACUUACUUCAUUAUUCUUCGAUUUUCAUGAAAGAAAACAACAAAGUAUCUAUAUAAUAAAAAGCAGC